UUAGCUCACUCUCUCUGCCCAACACGUAGCAUUUCACAUUUCAGAGUGUUCCCACAAGCAAAAACGUUUAAGGCCAUUGUUCCACUCUCAACUGUCUCUCAUAUAAAUGCGUAGCAACCUUUUGCGCCCUACUUUGAACAUAUCCCAUCGUAGCCUCGCUUUUCUGCACCUGCCCUCACCCAAAUCUUUCCCCGCGAACCUUCCGAUUUCCUCUUCCGUCAUGGCCUACCGCCCCAACUACCAAGGCGGCGGCCGCAGGGGAGGAUCCUCCGCCGCCGGUCGAGGAGGCGGCCGUCGUGGAGGUGGUGGAGGACGUGGCGGACGCGGCGAGCAAAGGUGGUGGGACCCUGUUUGGCGCGCCGAGCGCCUCAAACAACAACAAGCCGAGAAGGAGGUGCUAGAUGAGAAUGAGUGGUUGGAUAAGAUAGAAAAGAUGAAACGAGGAGGGGAGCGGGAGAUGGUGAUUAAGCGUAACUUUAGUAUUGCAGAUCAGAAAACCCUAGCUGAUAUGGCCUAUCAGCAUGAACUCUACUUCCAUGCUUACAGUAAAGGGAAGAUUCUCGUUGUUAGCAAAGUUCCAUUGCCUGAUUAUCGUGCAGAUCUUGAUGAUCGUCAUGGAUCAACACAGAAAGAGAUUAGAAUGUCCACUGACAUUGAGAGGAAAGUAGGAAACCUUUUGAAUAGUUCACAUUCAAUGGGGGCAGCGCCAUCUAGUCUGCAUUCUGUGUCAGCUGACCUUGGACAUAAACAAUCUGCAAUCACAAUAAAAACCGUUUCUUCACAACAUACUGAUUCUUUUAAGGAGAAACUUAGUGUUGCGCUCAAAGAAAAGCAAGAACUUGCACAGGCAAGUGAUAGCUUGAAGGAAAUGAAAUCAUUUAGGGAGAUGCUUCCUGCAUUUAAAAUGAAGUCUGAGUUUCUAAAAGCCGUUCAAGAAAAUCAGGUAUUAGUAGUUUCAGGAGAGACAGGUUGUGGUAAAACAACACAGUUGCCACAAUUUAUUUUGGAAGAAGAAAUAUCGUGUUUGCGUGGAGCUGAUUGCAACAUAAUUUGCACUCAGCCUCGUCGGGUAUCUGCUAUUUCUGUUGCAACUCGAAUAUCUUCUGAGAGAGGUGAGAGUAUUGGGGAAACAAUUGGAUAUCAAAUCCGUCUGGAAUCAAAACGUUCUGCAGAUACACGCCUGCUUUUCUGCACCACUGGUGUUUUACUUAGGCAGUUGGUACAAGACCCAGACUUGAAAGGUGUUAGUCAUUUGCUGGUGGAUGAAAUUCAUGAAAGAGGCAUGAAUGAAGACUUUUUAAUUAUAAUUUUACGUGACCUUCUUCCACGACGUCCAGAUUUGCGUCUCAUUUUGAUGAGUGCCACUAUUAAUGCUGAUUUGUUCUCUAAAUACUUUGCAAAUGCCCCAACAAUACACAUACCGGGAUUUACUUAUCCUGUGGCAGAGUACUUCUUAGAAGAUGUGUUGGAGAAAUCUCGAUACAGCAUCAAGUCAGAUUUUGACAAUUAUGAGGGGAAUUCAAGGAGGAGAAGCAAACAACAGGAUUCAAAGAAGGAUCCCUUGACUGAAAUGUUUGAGGAUAUAGAUGUUGAUACUAAUUACAAAAAUUACAGCUUGGGUGUAAGAAAAUCUCUUGAAGCUUGGUCGGGUGUGCAGAUUGAUUUGGGAUUGGUAGAGGCUACAAUUGAAUAUAUAUGUCGGAAUGAAGGUAGUGGAGCAAUUCUUGUAUUUCUCACUGGCUGGGAUGAAAUCUCUAAACUACUUGACAAACUUAAAGGAAAUAACUUACUCGGAGACCCUCACAAGUUUUUGAUCCUUCCUUUACAUGGUUCAAUGCCAACUGCCAACCAAUGCGAAAUAUUUGAUCGUCCUCCUCCAAACAAGAGGAAAAUUGUUCUGGCAACAAAUAUUGCUGAGAGUAGCAUCACCAUAGAUGACGUUGUGUAUGUCAUAGACUGUGGCAAAGCGAAGGAGACCAGCUAUGAUGCUCUAAAUAAGCUUGCCUGCUUGUUGCCAUCAUGGAUUUCAAAGGCUUCAGCUCAUCAGAGACGUGGACGAGCUGGUCGAGUGCAACCUGGAGUUUGUUAUAGGUUAUACCCAAAACUGAUCCAUGAAGCAAUGCCUCAAUACCAGUUAGCUGAAAUCCUCCGAACACCUUUGCAAGAGUUGUGCCUUCAUAUUAAAAGUUUGCGGCUUGGAACUGUGGCAUCAUUUUUAGAAAAGGCACUUCAACCACCAGAUCCUUUAGCUGUUAAGAAUGCUAUUGAACUUCUUAAAACAGUUGGGGCAUUAGAUGAACACGAGGAGCUCACUCCACUGGGUCGCCAUCUUUGUAACAUACCUUUGGACCCAAACAUAGGAAAGAUGCUUCUCAUGGGCUCUAUCUUUCAAUGCCUCAAUCCUGCCUUAACUAUUGCUGCUGCUCUUGCUUACCGCAACCCGUUUGUCUUACCCAUAAACAGAAAAGAGGAAGCUGAUGCGGCAAAACAAUCUUUUGCUGGUGAUUCUUGCAGUGAUCACAUAGCCCUUCUCAAAGCUUUUGAGGGAUGGAAGGAUGCAAAACGAAGUGGGAAUGAGAAGCAGUUUUGUUGGGAUAAUUUUCUGUCCCCUGUAACCUUGCGGUUGAUUGAUGAUAUGAGGAUGCAGUUUCUCAAUUUAUUAUCUGACAUUGGAUUUGUUGACAAGUCCAGGGGACCUAAUGCUUACAACCAGUACAGUCACGAUUUGGAGAUGGUUUGUGCAAUUCUUUGUGCCGGGCUCUACCCCAAUGUUGUGCAGUGCAAAAGAAGAGGGAAAAGGACAGCAUUUUACACUAAAGAAGUAGGGAAGGUUGACAUCCAUCCUGCUUCUGUUAAUGCUGCGGUUCAUCUCUUUCCUCUGCCGUACAUUGUGUAUAGUGAAAAGGUGAAAACAACCAGCAUCUAUAUUAGAGACUCUACGAAUAUUUCAGAUUAUGCCCUACUUCUAUUUGGUGGUAAUCUAGUCCCCAGCAAAAGUGGUGAGGGCAUUGACAUGCUUGGAGGUUACCUUCAUUUCUCUGCUUCAAAAAGUGUUAUCGAGUUAAUAAGGAAAUUACGUGGGGAGCUUGACAAGCUUCUGAACAGAAAAAUUGAAGAACCUGGAUUUGACGUUUCUUCAGAAGGAAGGGGUGUGGUUGCCGCUGCUGUUGAGUUACUGCAUAGUCAAGUCAUUAGAUAAUUUCCUUUUCCAUGGCUAAAUCAUGCUGUUCUGAGUCCUGGCAUUCAUUAAAUAUAAUUUUUUGCGAUUUUGGUAAAGUUUUUAUUGAUUGAUAGCAUUGGUAUUUAUCUAGAAUAUUUAUGUGC